AAUUUCAAAGUAAAAGUUCCAUGCAAACUUAUUUAUUGUCUUAAAGCACAAGAGAUGGAAUAUUCGAAGAAGAAGACGAUAAUAUAUGUGGAUAGAAGGAUAUGAGUUUAAGAUCCUUCAAAUCCAUUGCAACCAUUUGAUUGGCUGAUUUUUAAACCCUCAAGUCCCCACCACAAUUCCUUACCUCUUCUUUUCUCCACCACCCAUUUCUUUGAUUCUUUCAUAUUCUUCUUCUCUUCUCCAUAUAUAAAACUUUCAGUUCCUUUUCCAUCCAUUUUCCAGUUGAAAUUAACUCAACAAAACAAAAAAAAAACACAGCCUUUGACUCUGAGAGACAAUGGCUUCAAUGCUUAGCUCUGGAACUGUCCUUAGGCCAUCCCCAUUUCUUGGCCAAAACAGAACCUCAAAUGCUAACCCUCUCAGAGAUGUACCUACGGGCACUGCCAAAUUCACAAUGAGCAAUGAAUUGUGGUAUGGACCAAACAGAGUGAAGUACUUGGGACCCUUUUCAGCUCAGACUCCAUCGUACUUGACUGGAGAGUUCCCUGGUGACUAUGGAUGGGAUACUGCUGGUUUGUCAGCUGACCCUGAGGCCUUUGCCAGGAACAGGGCUCUUGAGGUGAUCCAUGGAAGAUGGGCAAUGUUGGGAGCACUAGGCUGCAUCACACCAGAAGUCCUUGAGAAAUGGGUUAGAGUCAACUUCAAGGAACCAGUGUGGUUCAAGGCUGGAGCUCAAAUUUUCUCAGAAGGUGGCUUGGACUACUUAGGCAACCCCAACCUUGUUCAUGCUCAAAGCAUUCUCGCAGUCCUCGGAUUCCAGGUCGUCCUUAUGGGACUCGUUGAAGGAUUCCGCAUCAACGGUCUCCCUGGUGUCGGAGAAGGCAAUGACCUUUACCCUGGUGGCCGAUACUUUGACCCUCUUGGCCUUGCUGAUGACCCUGUCACAUUUGCUGAACUCAAGGUGAAAGAAAUCAAGAAUGGCAGGCUAGCCAUGUUUUCUAUGUUUGGUUUCUUUGUUCAAGCCAUUGUCACAGGAAAAGGCCCCCUGGAGAACCUCUUGGACCACCUUGACAACCCUGUUGCCAACAAUGCUUGGGUCUAUGCUACUAAAUUUGUGCCUGGAUCGUAAAUUAAUUGCCAUAGAU